CGAUUGUUGAUUAUCGAAAAAAUAAUUUAGACGAGUCAAUAUUACAGCAUUGCCAUAUGGAAAGUUUAUAUCAAACUUGGCAAUAACUUUAUUAUGAGCAAACCGAAUUGACGCCAUUAUUUGAUUUCAAUACAAAAACAAACGGUUACGUAUUUUUGUUUGUAUCAAUUCUUAUAUUAAGUGAAAUAUCAUAACAAUAAAUAACUUAAACUUUAAAAAUGUCUGAUAAUGCUGUAAAAAUAGCUAUACGUGAAAGACCAAUUCGAAAAAAUAAAAAUAAACCAGAUAUAAGUGUUAUAUCUUACAGAAAUGUUGGCAGUUGCAAUAUACUUCUUGUUGAUGAGAGACCUUUUGCAUUUGAUCAUGUACUCGGACCAACAGUAACACAAGAAAAAUUGUAUAAUGAACUUAUCACACCAUUAAUUGAGAAAGUAGGACAGGGCUUUAAUUGCACUGCUAUGGCGUAUGGUCAAACGGGAACUGGCAAAUCCUAUACAAUGGGACUUGAUACCAACCACUUUGAUAGUGAAAAUGUUGGCAUUAUACCCAGAUGCUUGAAAGACAUACUUACUAUGGCCCAAACUGAAAACGAUAUAGUAACGGAGAUUAAAACUAAAGUUAGUGUUUCUUUUGUUGAAAUAUAUAAUGAGAAAGUUUUUGAUUUACUGGGUGAUAAUUUAACGGAUCCAAUUGUAUCACGAGGUUUAAAAAUUACUAUUGGCAGUCGCAAACCAGUGACUACUAUCAAACAAUGUCUGGAUAUACUAACACAGGGUACAAAAAAUCGUCACGUUCGUCCAACAAAAAUGAAUUCGCAAAGCUCUCGUUCGCAUGCCAUAUUUACAAUUUAUUUGAAAUCUGAAAAUGAUGGCAAAAUUUUAAAUUCAUGUUUAAAUCUUGUUGACUUAGCUGGUUCUGAAGGUGUGCGUCGCACAGGUCAUCAAGGUAUAGCCUUAUCAGAAGGUGUGCAUAUCAAUCAAGGACUCUUAUGCAUUGGAAAAGUGCUACAAGCUAUGAUACAGGGUAAUAAAAUAAUACCGUAUCGCGACAGUGUAUUAAGUUCAGUUUUACAAGAUUCACUGAGUCCGAAUUCAUAUUUAACACUUUUGGCUUGUGUGAGUCCACAAAAAGAAGAUUUAAGCGAAACGCUCUCUACACUACGAUUUGCACAAAACGCUAAACAAUUAAAAAGUUCACCACACGUUAAUGCAGUCAUAGCAGAAAUCAAAAAAUCUAAAACCAAGACACCAUUCAAACAAAUAUCAAAACCAGAAACUACUAAAAUUCCUUUAAAAAGUUCAAAUAUGCCUGGAAAGAUGUAUAUGCCAUAUUCCAUUAAUAAAUCCACCAAAGUUUAUGUAAUUAAUAAUCCGCUCAAUUCUGGUAUAAAACGAAUCGCAGUCCAUGGAAACACUUUUAGUACACCGAACAAAAAUAAAAAUCCUGGAGCAUUUAAGUUAAAUGAAUCAGAAAUCGGAUUUACAUCUAAAGAAAUGAAUAAAAAAAUUUUAAACAGACUAGAACCCAUAGAAAGCAGUUUUAAUGUGCCGCCACCGGAAUCAUGUUUCGAAUCAUUGAAUACUAGUAUAGAUUCGCAGGGUUCAUUAAACUUGGAUGUAUCAACAUCUACAGUACUAGAUGCGGUUGAGCAACCUAAGCCUAAGCCACCGCCGUCAAGUGAUAGUCCUCUUGUACGUAAAAUGGUUGCCGCUUGCGAAAGCAUGAUGGACACGAAAAUAGAAAAAAUAUUCAGUGCUUUCAAAAACAAAGAAAACAUGAGCGCUGUCAAAUCACUGCAUGAGACUAACGCACCCAUUGAUUUUGAAAACGCCACAGAUAUUUGGACCGGUAGUAUACGCAAAGAAAUUCAUAGUGUCUUAAGUGACUUUAUUAAAAGCAAGUCAAAGGCAAACAACACAUCAAAUAUUAGUUUGGAUAAUGACAGUUCAUUGUCUAUCGAUCCAAAUACAACAUGUCAACAAUUGUUUUCCAAAACUAGUCCAGUUUUUAAAGUACCUGACCUUCCAAUUUCUAGAAAGAACAAUGAUUCUAUUCGACGAUCACUCCGCAUAUCUGAACAAAAAGCUCUACGUGAUCAAAUGAAUGAUUCUAACAUAAGUGAAUCUUCAUUUAAUAGGUCACAUACUAGAAGUCAAUCACUCAUUAAGAUGUAUAAGGAUAGAAAAAAUUCAAUACGUCAAGCAAAUAACAGUGCUGAGAAAAAAAUCAGAAGAAAUUCAGUGAGCAAGAAUCAGAGUAAAUCCAUUAAAACUGUUGAUGAUAAGAAUAUCAAAUCAACAGUAAAUAAAAAUAUCACUUCUCAUUAUUUCGAUGCGCAUAAUGAUAUAAAAUCAAAAACGCCGAGUAAUAAAAACUUAAUAAAGCAUAGGAAAGCCAUUUUAGAUCUUUUGAACUCGGGAUCCAUAAAGCAAAUACAGGUUCUUCCACAAAUUGGCCAGAAAACAGCGUAUCACAUUGUGACACACAGAACUUUAUAUGGAAAAUUCAAAAACAUUAAUCAAGUUGAGAAAUUGCCUAUUUGGAGAGGAAAAGCAUUUGAACGUUUUGCGGAGGCAAAUAUAUUGAGUUUUCGUUAGAUUUCUUUUUAAUUUGGAUAUUAUACUUUUGUAAUGACUACUUCUUCUAUUUUCUUAGUUUUAUAUGGCUAUUAUAUUUUUUUAU